AUGAGAAAAUCUUUCUUCUGCUCAGAUCGUAAAAUCCGCUUUAGAGACUCGUCAAAGAGGGGGAAGCACAAGUCAGCGUGCUCGGAGCCAGUGCUAGAGGGAUCCCCGAGCUCGCUGGAGCUGCGCCGCUCGCUGCCGGCCGCCCCGGGACCGACCCGACCCGACCCGACCCGACCCGACCCAGGCGUCAUGAGCCGCGCAGCCUCCGCGCUGGGGCCGCUGCCCGCGCUGCUGCUGCUGCUGCUGCCGGCGCGCACGGUGCUGCUGGCCGGGGCCUGCAGCUGCGCGCCCGCGCAUCCCCAGCACCUCAUCUGCGACGCGGCCCUGGUGAUUCGAGCAAAAAUAUCCAGUGAGAAGGUGGUUCCUGCCAGCGAUAAUCCUCUUGAUACCCACAAAAUGAUCCGGUAUGAAAUCAAACAAAUAAAGAUGUUUAAAGGAUUUGAAAAGGUCAAGGAUGUCCAGUAUGUCUAUACCCCUUUUGAUUCAUCCCUCUGCGGUGUGAAACUAGAAGCUAACAACAAAAAACAGUAUCUUUUGACAGGCCAAAUUUUAAAUGAUGGUAAAGUCUUCAUCCAUUUAUGCAACUACAUUGAACCAUGGGAUGAUUUAUCCUUGUCUCAAAAGAAGAGUCUUAAUCAGAGAUACCAAAUGGGCUGUGGCUGCAAAAUUACAACCUGCUACAUGGUGCCCUGUUCCAUCACUGCACCGAACGAGUGCCUUUGGACAGACUGGCUGAUAGAAAGAAAGCUGUACGGGCACCAAGCCAAGCACUAUGCCUGCAUCAAGAGAAGUGAUGGCACUUGCAGCUGGUACCGAGGUGGUCCUCCCCCAGAGAAAGACUUUAUUGAUAUCAGCGAACCUUAAACCCAUCACUUUCUAGAAAGCCUCGGAGGCUAAUUCUAUCAAACACUGCACGCUCACAGCUUUGAACUGCCAUCCUCUAAUGUAUCUGUUGCUUAGGAACAAAAACAAAUUGUCCUGUACAGCUAAAGUACGGGUCUGUGGAAUUGGCACUCACGCAAGAUGAGGAACAAAUCUCCUGGAAGCAGCUACUCUGUAAAGUUACGCUUUGUACAGAGAGGCUCAAGCUGAGAAUGCUCCUCUGUGUCCUCUAAGGCACAACAAGUUUCGCUUUAACCAAUAUGAAUGUACAAGAACAAAAGAAUUGCCAGAUUUUUGUACCCUAUUUCUGUUAACUUACAGCGUAAGAGUUUCAUUCCGGCCCCAUGUUUCACUCCAUAUCUUUCUGAUGAACUACAGAAUCUUUUAUAGAACUAUUUUUUUCUGUAUGAAAGCCUUCUGAUACAAAAGAAUUACUGUACAGUGUAUAUGUAAAGUGUUAUAACAACAUGUUAUAAAAAAAGAUUAAAAAAUCCCUCUAUCUCCUUAUCUGUUGAAACAAGUUGAACAGUUUCCUGAUUAAACAAUCUGUGCUCUGUAUUUUGUAUAUUACUUAAGUCAUAGCUUUCUUUAUCUGCAAUUUCAUGGACAACUAAGUUAAGAAACAGCUUUGAUAAUCAAAAUCCUCUUACCCAAUUCAAUAUUUCUAUGGACUAGGUAUAUUUUGGUGAAAGAAAAGCCACAUGUUCUAAUGCUUCAGCAUUUUAUGGAACCUCCACAAGUAACAACAGGCUAAAACUGCAUAUAUUUACAGAAACCAUGUGGGGCAUCACAGCAGCUGCAGCACCUGAUAAUGCCUCUCUAAAUAUGUGACUAGGUCAUUGUAUUUCAGCACUGUUAAAAGCCUUGGCUUUAGAAACUCAUGUAAAAACCAUAUACAAUAGAUACCGAAUAACUUACACUGCAAGUGAUUCCUUUUAAGCUCUCAACUAUUCGAUCAUAUUGAAUAGAUUAAAUUUACGUUAAUGAUU